CUCCACGACGCGCUCUCCAAUAACGCAAUAUGACACUAUCAGGCAGAUGUAUGCAAGACGCGUAUACAAUACGAUGUGGAUGACUCCGCGCAUGUAGUCGUGUCUAUAAAGACGCGUUGACACGCGCUUUCAAGGCGUAUAGCUAACCAAGAACUAACCUCUCCAACUCUUCAUACUUCAAGCUGUAAUUCGCAAUGGCGCCCCCAGGCUCAUCCCACGAAAAAGACGCCCGAUGGACAGCAGUAGAUACCUAUUCGUUCUCUCACCUACAUCCGUCUACCGAAACAUCGCCCUCUCCAUCCUCUCUUCAACAAGCCCUCGAUGCUUCUCAAAAAGCCGGUUUACCUGACAUCGCUGUCUCACCCUCCCAAGGCAAAUACCUCCAGCUCACCGCCCGCCUCGCACGUGCAAAGAACAUCCUCGAAGUAGGCACGUUGGGCGGGUACAGUACCAUCUGGCUCGCGACAUCUAGUCCGGGCGUCCAAGUAACGUCGCUAGAAAUUGAUAGUCACCACGCUGACGUUGCGCGAGCGAAUAUAAAAAAUGCCGGGUUGGAAGACAAGGUCGAGGUCAAACUCGGGGCUGGUAUGGAUGUCCUACCACAACUUGUACAGGAGGUCAAGGAGGGGAAGAGGGCGCAGUUCGAUCUUGUCUUCAUCGAUGCGGAUAAGGAGAAUAACUGGAAUUAUGUGGACUUGGCGCUGCAUAUGUGUGACUCAGGUGCGUGUGUCAUCGUGGAUAAUGUGGUGAGGAAGGGUCAAUUGGCGGAGGAGACGGAUGAUCCAAGGGUUGCGGGUGCGAGGAGGGUGGUGGAGAACGUGGGCAAGGAUGAGAGAUUGGACGGCGUGGUAUUGCAGACAGUUGGCGAGAAAUCUUAUGACGGCUUCUUGUUUGCUGUUGUGAAAUGAGCGGAGAGAAUGUUGUUCAGCUUUGGAAGAACGAAACGCGAGGAAUCCUGCAGCAUACAUUAUCAUUAUUCUUUCUAC